UGAUAUAAGCAUAGUUAGAUUUCCUGAGAAUGAGUUGAAUGUCUGAAUGUCUCAAUAAGAAGUUCUGACAGGGUUUGGAUUGUUUCAUUACAAAGUGACUUCGAACAGAAAGCAUUACGUGAAAGCAUGUGAUGAGUUUCUCUCUCUUAUCCUCUCUUAUGAAGAUAUUUAACCAAGUGAUACAGACCAGACCAGUUUUCAACUCGCAGUACAACUCAAACAACUGCCUUUUCAACAAAUAAAGCCAAAAUGAACAAAACUGAAGCCCUAACAGCCAACAGCGAAAAUGCCACAGUGAAAUACUUAAAGUAUGUCAAUGUUUCCCUCCACUGCAUAAUAUGUGUGCUUGGUGUUGUUGGCAAUGGAAUGGUCAUCUACAUCGCAGGCCUCAAAAUGAAAAGGACCGUCAAUACUAUCUGGUUUUUGAACCUGGCGAUAGCCGACUUCCUGUUUUCAUUUUUCCUGAUCUUUAAUAUCAUUUACGAAUACCGUAAUUUGGACUGGCCUUUUGGUGACUUUAUGUGCAUGUUGAGUAGCCUGGUGAUCAUGCUGAAUACGUUUGCCAGUACUUUCCUGCUGGCAGCGAUCAGUCUGGACCGCUGCCUGUCCACCUGGGUGGUUGUGUGGGCCCGGACCAAACGAACUGUCCUGAAAGUGAGGAUAAUUUGCCUGCUUAUUUGGUUGGCAGCAGUUGCUUGCAGUCUGCCUUUAGUCAUUAAGCGGAAAACACAUUCCAAUUCUUCAAAACAAAUCCUGUGCAUACCUGGCUUUUCGGGACUGGAAGCCUACAAGAGAGCGGCAGUGUUCCGUUUUGUGGUGGGUUUCCUCAUCCCGUUCAUCAUAAUUUUGGCUUCUUAUGUGGCGAUUGGAGUACGAGUUAAGCGCCUCCGGAAAAACAAUAAACUAAAACCCUUCCGUAUUAUCCUAGCAGUCAUCCUGGCCUUCUUCUUCUGCUGGCUUCCCUUUUAUGUUUACACAUUCCUCGAACUGUGGUUGAUUGAAAAGACUAAGAAAUACCCAUUAGCUGAGCUAACCAAGAUUAAGAAUGUUUCCAGCCAGAUAGGGCUCUUCAUAGUCAGUCUUGCCUACUUAAACAGUUGCUUGAAUCCCUUCUUGUAUGUAUUCAUGUGUGAAGAGUUUAAGAAAAAGCUCAGGCAGUCUUUGGUGAUGGUGUUCGACAGCGCAUUCGCAGAGGAACACCUGGCUCUCUUCUCGCAACAUUCCCAAUCCCAACGCAAAUCUCAUUCCCAGAGUGGAUCGGGUCCCUGUCUGACCCAGACUUUGACACUUGAGGGUUAAAUUAAACAUUCACGGUACCAAAUGUGUGUAUAAAUUAAAUAAGCUAUGUAAACAAAAUAUUAACAGUGUGUUCUUCAUCAUUUUUUUGUCACAUUCUGAGAUGAUUAAUGGAAGCUGAUGUGCCAACUAUUAGAAAUUAUAGAUAUGGGGUGCCAUAGCUGAAGCUAAAUUUGCAUUAAUGUCAAGAAAGUAGUAAUUGUAUUGUGUGUUUGAUCUCAUUUCCAUGGAUCACUAUUUUAUAGUGAACUAAAAUGUAUAAAAAACACUGU